AUGAUACAGAAUUUGAGGGAUCAUUGCCCAUUGGUUAAACAGGUGUGGCUUGCAGACGACUCAGCUGGAGGAGGGAGUAUAGUGCAGUUAUACAACUGGUACAGGCAAUUGAGUAAGGAAGGUCAAAAGUUUGGUUACCUUGUGAAUGGGACAAAGAGCUGGCUUAUUGUGAAGUCUAGGGAACUCGCGGAGGAAGCAAAGAGGGUGUUUGGAGAGGAAGUCAACAUAACGACUUAAGGUCAGCGCCAUCUGGGAGCAGUUACUGCGUCGCAAGAAUACAAAGAUCAGUAUUGUGAGGAGAAGGUUCGUGCAUGGAAAGAGGAAAUCGAACGUCUCUCUGAAAUAGCGAAGAGCCAGCCCCAUGCGGCGUAUAUUGCUUUCACAAAAGGCUACAAGUCGAAGUUCACCUACUUCAUGCGCACGAUUGAAUCGUUUGAAGUUUAUGUCGAUCCAAUCCAGGAAGUGAUUGAAGAUUUACUACUCCCAACUUUGUUCGGUCAAUCAGAGCCUCUCCCUAACCAGUUACGCAGACUUGCUACCUUAGCAACGGGUCAAGGGGGUCUAGGCAUUCCUGAUCUGAAUCCGAGGCACCGCAGCAGUUUGCUGCCUCGAGACUAA